CGCUGCCCGAAACUGCAGCCUGAUGAACCCCGGCGUGCGCUAAUGAAUACGUCCGUGGGUUCCAUCCUGCUCUCUUGCCUCGCCGCCGCCGCCGCAGCGGAUAUCGGCAGCACAUCAUACUGCUCCAUCACAGACAAGGAUACAGACAACGAGCAGCUCUUAGUAACCGAGGACGGAGGUUGUUCGCUCGACGAUUCGGUGACAUGGUCCUUUGACAACUCCCUCGUAAUCGAGUUCGAGACACGCGGCUGCGCCGAGGUCACCUGCACGACACCUAUAAGCGGAUACCAGGCUGCUCCCUAUGUGCCACAUUGGUACUUCGAGCCGUUUCGCUCGUCACUCAGCUCUUCGGAUCGGGAGACGCCUGAUCUUUGGUGGAUCUCGCGCGCAUCAGACUAUGGCUUCGGUGCCUAUGGGGGUUGGUCGCACGCAAUUUCUGGUAGUGGUGACGGCAACUCGCAUGACAUGAGCGUAGCAUCUAUUCCGACCGAGUGGCACAAGUGGCGCAUUAUCUUUUCAACCAGGGAAAACUGUGUGUACCUCGAUGAUUGGACGGUCGACGGCGUGAGAGUUGGGUUUGGGGAAGCCGCGUCGCCAAGCAACGCCGUCUCCUACUGCUCCGCAUACGGAACGACAACCUACCUCGGCUUUGCCGCACAUGUCGGAACUUUCGCUUACGUGCGCAACUUCACGAAAAGUAUCCCCUCCGGAUGUACAGCCUCGGAAGACGACGCCAUGUGUUCCUGUGGAAUCAGCGCAACGAACGAGGAGGGCGACUAUUGCUGCGAUCAAAUAUGCGGAAAGUGUGGCGGGUCGGGCUGUGGCAGUUUCGUUGAUGACGACGACGUGCUGUGCUGCGCGGGCUCUAUAUUAGAUGCCGGGGUCUACUGCGCAUCGCCUUCGGAGGUCGGUUGCAUCAUUAGGAGCCCAACGGCACGCCCAACACCGCGGCCAGUUCAUCCGACGCCCCGGCCGACGGACUUCGACGGAACUUUCGACGACAGCAGCAUCCGCACGGCCGUCGCGGCGUGGCUCUCGAACCCGACGGCCGCCGAGGCGACGUACGGCCACAUUUCUACGUGGGAGACUGGCGGGGUGACGGACAUGUCGUAUUUGUUUUGUGGGUAUGAAUACAAUAGCAACUGCAACACGGCCGCGGCGUCCUUCAACGAGGACGUAGGCGCGUGGGACACCUCUGGCGUCACGGCUAUGAACCACAUGUUCUACAAAGCCCCGGCCUUUAACCGAGACAUCGGUGGUUGGGCGGUCCACAGCGUCACGGAUAUGCUCGCCAUGUUCAACAGCGCCUCGGCCUUUAACCAGGACAUCGGUGGUUGGGCGGUCCACAGCGCCACGAAUAUGCACGGGAUGUUCGCCUAUGCCUCGUCAUUUAACCAAGACAUCGGCGAUUGGGACACCUCAGGCGUCACAAGCAUGGACUACAUGUUCUACUCUGCCUCGGCCUUCGACCAGGACCUCGGUGGUUGGGCGGUCGACCGCGUCACUACCAUGAGCAACCUGUUCAACCAGGCCUCGUCUUUUAAUCAAGACAUCGGCGCGUGGGACACCUCCGGCGUCACGGAUAUGUCCUAUAUGUUCAGUGGCGCCUCGGCCUUCGACCAGGACCUCGGCUGGUGCCUGGACGGCGUGGACCUGAGCAACGCGUUCGGCUACACCCCGUGCGCGUCGACGUCGUGCGGCGUCAAGAAAUGCCUGAUGUCCGACAGCACCAUCCGAACCGCAGUCGCGGCGUGGCUCUCGGAUAGCGCCACCGCCGAGGCGACGUACGGCCACAUUUCUACGUGGGACACAUCAGGGGUGACGGACAUGUCGUAUUUGUUUUGUGCGUAUUCAGGAAAUAGUGAUUGCAACACGGCAGCGGCGUCCUUUAACGAAGCUAUCGGCGCGUGGGACACUUCUGGCGUCAAGACGAUGUACAACAUGUUCGCCUCGGCCUCGGCCUUUAAUCAAGACAUCGGUGAUUGGGAGGUCGACAGCGUCACGGAUAUGCGCUGGAUGUUCAGUGGCGCCUCGGCCUUUAACCAGGACCUCGGCUGGUGCGUGGACGACGACGUUUUUGGCACUGGCGCCUACGCCGUUCAAAACUCCUUAAUGUACACCCCGUGCGCGAAGACGGCGUGCGGUGUUGGGUUCAGGGACACGAACGGUGUUUGCCACUAUACCAAAGAAAAAAGGAAAUCUAGCAACGACGACGACGGAGCAGUCAUCGCCGGCGUGGCCGCGGCCGCUGCACUCCUGCUAGCCGUCGGCGCCUUUUGGUUCUAUCGUCGCCGCAAGGCCUCCACGAUGGAUAAUAAGGCCAACGAGCCGAAUGGUGCCAAUCCAGAGCCGACCGAACUGUCAGCACCGGAAGAGGCCACGUCCCCCAAGGAAGAAGAGGCAACCAUUCCCGUCGCUUCGGAAGCCGAGGAGGAGGGUCUCACGGAGCAACCGCCGCCGCCGCCGCGAAGGUGGUUCUCACGCGCUGAGCCCGAACCGGCCGCGCCGAAAGCCGAAGAGAUGUACAACCAGAUAGCCGCCUGGUACAAGGAGAACGCCGCCUUGCGCGCGACCUGGGGCGCGUACCCGGAACCCGACGACUUCCAGACAUGGGCGGGCUUCGUCGCGGUGACAAACGCAUUCCUCGACCGCGAGACCGGCUAAGUACACUUAC